AGACGGAGCCGGGCGCGGGCAGGGCGCGGACGGUGCGGCCUCCUGGUGGCUAGGGUGACGGAACGGUGACCGGUCAGGACUGGCCGUGAGGUGACGGGGAGUGGAGUGAGGAGGGAGCCGGCGGCCGGACCGCCGCAGCGCUGCCGGACGGUAACAGGGCUAUCGGCGCGGAAACCAGCCCGUUAUUACGUCGAUGAGCAGCACUGGCUAACACCCCGGCCCUGUGUUUGUGGGGUGAGUGAAAACCCGAAGCUGCCUGGCUGUCGUUAUACAGAAGGUCGGGUCUCCGAGGCUCCACCGGGGCAAAUGUAAGCCGAACCGCUAGCUGCUGGACGCUGGAUGCUAGCUGCUGGAUGCUAGCUGCUGGAUGCUAGCUGCUGGAUGCUAGCUGCGAGCCGCCUGAGUCUGGACCAUGGGCGCGGCGUCAUCGAAGAAGGCCACCGCGGAGCAAGGGGCGGUCGUAGGAAGCCCCGAGAAGAGCACGGACUAUGGAAGCAUCAGAGAGUCUCCCGGCCCCGACAAGGCAGACGGAGAGACAGCGGAGCCACAGCAGGAGGCAGUGAGCGAGUCAAUACUGGAGACAGACAAAGCGGCGGGGGUAGAACCGCCGAAACAGGAGGGUAAAAGUGUCAGCAAGGAAACGCUCGUCGAGAAAAAGCGCGAACCGCAUGCCUACGAUCCCGACUUCAAUGGGCCGAUCAAGCAAAGGUCGUGCACAGACAUCCUUUGCGCCAUUCUCUUCAUUGCCGUACUCAUAGCAUGGGGAGGCAUCACAAUAUUCGCGCUGCUCUAUGGGGACCCGCAGCGUUUGCUGUCACCCACGGACACGGCGGGGAAGAAGUGCGGCUUCGAUCCCGGCGUGGAAGAGAAGCCGUACCUGCACUUCUUCGACAUAUCCAAAUGCGCCAACCCCAUAGUGUUUUUAGCAGGAUGCCCGACUCAUCAGGUCUGCGUGAACGAAUGUCCGAGCACCAACUUCUUCGCCACGCCAUUCGGCGCCAAGGAGGAGCUCUGCGUGGAGGAGGUGCGUCGCCGGUUCUACUGCGUGCCCGGUGUGAACGCCACGGAGCGCAGCACUGCAGGGAGCUUCACCCGCACCUGUCAGAGCCUGCUGCAGCGCGACUGCGCCCCCUACACCGUCUCCAGCGCUCCCAUCAUGGGACGGUGCGUGCCCACGCUCGGCUUUCACCAGGCAGUGAACGGCACGCUGGUCGACAGCAAUAACAAAACCAUGGGCGACCUGACCCUCGACAAGAUACUGGACGCCUGCAAAAAUCUCGGCGCCGUCCUCAAACUGAAAGGGUACAGCGAGGAGAUCGGUAAGGACUUCCAGUCGUCCUGGUGGGUGAUAGUGACGGCGCUGAUCGUCUGCAUGUGCGUCUCCCUGCUCUGGAUCCUCCUGAUGCGCUGGAUCACUCCCGUCAUGGUCUGGGUGUCGCUCUUCGGAUCGCUCGCCGCCAUCAUCUACGGGUGCGUCUACACAUACCUGCGAUACGACUACCUGCGUCAGGAGCAGUCGGCGCCUCCGUCGGCCGGCGACGAGCGCGCGCUGACGGUGCGCGCCUUCACGGCCAACGCCGGCUCUCUACUGGCCGACAAGGACACCUGGCUGGCCUUCUUCAUCGUACUGGUCGUGCUGGGCGUCAUCCUGCUGCUGCUGAUCGCCAUCCUCUUCAAGAGGCUCCGCAUCGCCAUCGAGGUCAUCGAGGAGGCCAGCAAGGCGGUGACGUCGAUCCUGACCACGCUGCUGUACCCGCUGGUACCCUGGCUGAUGCAGCUCGCGGCCAUCGUGUUUUACGCCACGCUCACGCUCUACGUGGCCUCGAUGGGCACCUCUGAGUACCGCGUGACCGCGCUGCCCGACGACUGUCCCGAGAGCUGCGGCCGGUUCCAGAUGAACGCGACCUGCGAUCCGGACAUGUUCCAACAAAUCUGUCAGAGACAGUGUGCAGACGCCGAGUGCAGCUUCUUCGGAUACAAAAAGUUCGACUGCAUUCCCUACAUUCACUUCUACAACCUGUUCUGCCUGCUGUGGGUGCUGUUUUUCGCCUCUGCGAUGGGUGAGAUGAUCCUGGCCGGGGCGUUCGCCGCCUGGUACUGGACGUUCGACAAGUCCAAGAACCUGCCGACCACGCCGCUGCUGGACAGCGCCGGCAGGACUCUCAGAUACCACAUUGGAACACUGGCUUUUGGAUCUCUGAUCAUCGCAAUAGUGCGCCUGAUCCGUCUGAUUCUUGACUAUAUCCAGAAGAAAGCACAGAAAUAUCCGGGCAGUGAGGUCGUUAAAGCUAUUCUGUGCUGCUGCAAGUGCUGCAUGUGGUGUCUUGAGAAAUUCUUGAAGUUUAUUAACAGGAAUGCCUACAUUAUGUGCGCCAUAUACGGGAAGAACUUCUGCACCUCUGCCAAGGACGGCUUCAACUUGCUGAUGAGAAACAUCCUGCGUGUGCUGGCCGUCAACUCGGUGUGCGACUUCCUGCUGUUCCUCGGCAAGGUGCUCAUCACGCUGGGCGUCACGGUCGGCUCGUUCUACUUCCUCGACAGCCGGAUCCCGAUCGCGGGCCUGGAGACGGUGGUGCCGUCCACCAACAGGCCGUGGCCGCCCACAUUCACCAUCGCCAUCGGCUGCUACUUCAUCACCUCACUCUUCUUCAGCGUCUACGAGAUGGCCGUCGACACCAUCUUCCUCUGCUUCCUGGAGGACAUUGAACGGAAUGACGGAUCCGCCGACAAGCCUUACUUUAUGUCGAAGGACCUUAUGAAGCUGAUUGGAAAGAAGAACAAAGUGCCGUCCAAGACCUCGUAGCUCGGUAUUGUAUGUACAUGUCUGCAUUAUUGCUCGGCAGCUUAAUUUUUUCAGGGAUUUGAGUAGCCGGUAAAGUGCGGCAUGGUGGCCGACAUGGUGCGGCAUAGUAUCUGGUAUACACUGGUUCUGAACUCUGAAGGUACGAACUUGGCCCAGCUGGGAUCAAUUAAUUAUUGGGGACGCAUUAGCAGAAUUUAUAUGCAGUACAAUAGACCUCAAUGCUAGGUGCAAUAGAAAAUCUAUUUUCAA